AUGGGGCAAGUGGGCCUCGUGACGAGCUUGAUCGUCAUUACGACCGGAUUCGGCAUCAUAUAUGCUGCUUGUCUGAUCCUAUAUCGACUCUUUCUUCACCCUCUUGCCAGGUUCCCAGGGCCAAAAUGGGCCGCUGCUACCCUGUGGUAUGAGUUUUAUUAUGAUGUUGUGAAAAGGGGUCAGUUUACAUUCAAGAUCAAGGAGCUGCACGAGAAGUAUGGACCUAUCAUUCGGAUCAAUCCACACGAAAUCCACGUUUACGACCCCGCCUUCUACGACGAGAUCUACGUCAACCCUCCGAGGAAACGCAAUAAGUAUCAGUGGUGGGUGAACCUAGCUUCUGCUCAAGGCUCUGGAUUUAGCACUGUACCACACGACCUCCACCGAAUGCGUAGGAGUGUUCUGAAUCCUUAUUUCUCGAAGCGAAAUAUCGUCCACCUCGAGCCAGUGAUUACGGAGAGAGUAGAGAAACUGUCGAAGCGUUUAUCUGAAGCCGCAUCACAGGAUGAAGUCGUCCGGCUGGAUGUUGCAUUUAUGGCUCUGACCACCGACACGAUAUCAGAAUACGCUUUUGCUCAAGACACUCUCUUUCUGGAUGAACCAGACUUCUGCCCCAUGUGGAAAGACACCAUCCGAGGUGGCUUCGAGACCGGGGCAUUGUGUCGGCAAUUUCCGUGGAUAGUACCUACCAUGAAAAGAUUGCCGCCAAAGCUCGUUGCCGCCAUGAACCCGCAAGUGGGCUUUUUGAUGCAGUGGCAGAGUCGCGGAAGGGCAAAUGUUGAACGGAUUCUCAAUGAGGGCACUCAAGAACAAAAGGAUACGUCCAUGAUAGGACGGCAGACCAUGUUCCAUGCGCUACGGGAUAGCGGCCUGCCAACUUCCGAAAAGUCCCUCCAACGUCUCUGCGACGAAGCAGAGAUUAUUCUGGGCGCUGGCAGCGAAACCACUGCUGCAGCACUCUCUCGCAUCUGGUUUUAUUUGCUCUAUUCACCCUCAAUUCUCCAGAUUCUGCGCGAAGAACUCCGUACCAUUAUCCCGUUUCCGGACUCACAUAUCCCGAAUCUUUCAAAGAUAGAGAAUUUGCCUUACCUCUCAGCUGUCAUUAGCGAAGGAAUUCGCAUCAGUUAUGGUGUUACGACCCGCACUCCACGUAUCGCCCCCGACGAGGCCCUUCGUUACAAGGAGUGGACAAUACCACCGGGGACACCGAUCUCGAUGACCAAUUCACUUGUCUCGAUGCACCCAGACAUCUUUCCAGAACCGGAGACAUUCAAGCCGGAGCGCUGGCUUGAUGAUGGUCGAAGCCUAGAGAGAUACCAAGUCGCCUUCUCCAAAGGAUCUCGCCAGUGCCUGGGUAUCAAUCUAGCUUAUGCAGAAAUGUUUCUAACUCUGGCCACCCUUUGGAGCCGAUUUGAUUUUGCACUCUUUGAAACCACGUUGGAUGACGUCCUGAUGAAGCACGACUUCUUCACUGCCUUUCCAGGCGACGAAAGCAAAGGGAUUCGGGUUCGAGUCAGAAGAAGAGUGAGCCAGAGCACUUAG